AUGUUGGACGAGAUCUGUCACGGUAUCUCAAACAAAACCUUGAAGACGUUCCUAGACAAAGCCCCAUGGGCCAAGGUCGCUGAAAAGGCUUCUGACACCCCACAAGGGCAGCGUCUGUACCCUAGCCGGACUUCGCUCAAUGAUGCAAAUUAUAACUUCAGAAUUGACAAGGGUACGAACAAGGACGGCAAAGGCCGAAUUGAUAUUACAGGUCAACAAGAAUGCGAAUGA